AUGGCUUCCAUAUGUUCGUUUGAAUCAUUCAAUUCUCGAUUCUUCCCCGAGCUCGGCGAGUUACCGCUGCCUCCACGGUCGAGACACGAGCCGUCCUCGGCAGCUGUUGAAGCGUCAAAGGUCGUGGACCUAGGCAGUAAUUCAGAAUCUGAAUCAGACGAGGAAACCGCGACAGCAGAUUCGGUGAAUGACAGAGGCAUUCUUCCCAGCCGUAGAUGCGAGGUCUGUUUCGAUUCGGAGCAAGACGAACAAUAUCGCGCCGCGCUCAAAUUCCUGCUCCAGGACGAUUGCGGCAAGCGUGUCCGGCUCUCCAUAACAGUGAGGGGCAAGAUUUGGCCAGCGAAUGAGAGGCUUCCGGACCGCGAACUAUGGCAUAUUCAAACGAGCGGCCACAUCAAGCGCGAAGCCAAGUUCUUCCGCGCUCCGUACACCUUCCAAGGGGACGGAAGGCCGUACGCGGAGUUCGAGAGAAUGUUUGAGGAGUUCAAAACGAAUCCACCGAAUCGUCGGCGAAGACACCGCGGUCAUAAUACGAGCACGCGGGUGCCAAGGACCGAAAGCCGUGUCGCCGCUGUGCGGAAUUUCACGGCGAUCAACAGGCCGCGCGCGAUUACGAUGCCUCCAACGCCUCCACAGUCUUCUCCGAGUCAAGGUUUGGCCUCAUCCCCUACCUCUCCUCGCCGCCGAAAGCGUCGCGCCGAAGACGACGAAGAUAGCGACCUGGAAAUCAUGCACGAGCGGAAGUCCUCCCGCGUCGAGGUUGACUUUGAAAGGGCACAGCUCAGUGAGCGGAUCAAAGAGCGGAGGCAGUUGGCACGCCUUACAGAGAUAGUUAGCGAGAUGCAAGCAGCACUGGCACUCCUUGUCAAUGCCACAAGCUCCCCGCGUGGUCGAGAAAUUGAUACCGGGAAGACCGGCAGCGCCGCAGUGGUUGAAGGUGCGCAAAGCGGCCACGCGAGAUCUCCUGAUCUGCAGUCGCCUGUGGCAGGUCCUUCUCGAAAUGCCUGUCCUUCACCGGGGCCACCCCAUCCCCAGCGGCAGGCUGGCAACAGCACGGAAAAGGACCCGCGCCCCGAACUCGACUCAGCUGGUAGCCCUCCGAUCCGAGAUGCAAGACUUUCAUCUGGAAAAGCUGCAACGUACAAUACGCCGACGGUAAACGAAUCCUCCGCGACGUCUACGCAUGGAAGCGCUUGCAACUGUAGCCGCACCAUGCCUCUAGAAUACCUGAGAGAAGAUUUGCCGCCGCUUAAGGAGUGCGAACGGAGAGGGAUGAUAAGCGAGCACUGGCAAAAUAUCGAGCGUCUCGCUCGUUGCAAUUACCACAAAUCGACGGUUCUGGGCAAGGGAUGUAUAGCCGCUCUUGAUCUCAAGCUGAUCUCGCCGAAAUCUGUCGAGGCGCUGACGAAGCGAAGAAAUAAGCCACCAGCGCCAGGCUCGCAAAAGUCCUGUUCUCAGCAGUUCGCAGGCAAGUAA